AUGGGAGAUCAAGAGAUGAAGCCGAUAUCUAUCGAAAUUGCUAUACCCUCCAGAAAAGCGGCAACAUUAUCCGAGUCUGAAACUUCUCUGCUGGACGAGGGUUCUUCCGGGGUCUCAACGCGAACAUACAGUACGCCAGCGACCAGCACUGCAGCUACACCAGUCGAAUCUGAUGCACCUGGGUCGAAGAAGCGAGUUAGUGCCUCUGCUCGUGCACGAGAACUACAUUCAAGCACUAUGUCCCUAAACCCAUCCCGAGGGUUGAAGAGACCUGCCGCAUCUAUGUUUUCUACGACCUUCACGACGGAUGCUGCUCUAGCGGAGGCUCUACAGGCUCAAGAAUUCCAAGGCCGGUCACCAAAGCAACCUAAAUCGUCACGUCAUUCUACUCCAGGCAGCAAUUCCUUUGCAACUGAUAUGGGACACUCAGUAGAAAAUGAGAGUCUCCAUGCACAGCAUCUUUCCCUCAGAAAACGGCCACUUCGAUCAGCUCAGAUUAGCAACGUUCUGUGUGAUGACGAACCUACAGGUGACGAGAUGAGAACUGACCAAACGGAUAUCUUCUCAAGUGAAUCCGAUCUCAGCGACUUUUCGUAUUCUCUGACCGAGGUCAGCGAAGAUGAAGAUGCCGAGCCACAGGAGCCAACCAGAAGUAGGACUGUACGGAACUCUGGAGUUUCAAGGACGCCACGACAAGUUCCUAUAUCGGCUCGAAGCAGUUCUUCAGUCCCAGGGGAUCUUUGGAUGACCCGUCGGGCUAUCAGGGAACGGAAGAAAUUAGAGAAGCAGCACCCAUCCGUCACCACGAUGUGGGAUGAUUUGGCAAAAAUGCCUCCAAUCAAGCCGGUAGCGGCAAAUCAACCAAGUGGUAUUUCAAGGACGCUCAAGUCAUUCCAGCUCGAGGGUCUCAACUGGAUGAUGCAGCAAGAGCAAUCACAGUAUAAGGGAGGUCUCCUAGGAGAUGAGAUGGGAAUGGGUAAAACAAUUCAGGCUGUUUCCCUCAUUAUGUCCGAUUACCCUGCCGGAAUGCCAUCGCUUGUGGUAGUACCUCCAGUUGCUCUGAUGCAAUGGCAGUCCGAGAUCAAGGAGUACACCAGUGGUGUAUUGAAAGUUCUUGUCUAUCAUAAUUCCAACCCCAAGGUCAAGACUCUUUCAAAAAAGGAGUUGGAAACAUAUGAUGUGAUUAUGAUUUCUUAUUCUGGCCUUGAGUCAAUCCAUCGCAAAGAGUGGAAGGGUUGGAACAGAAAUGAUGGGAUCGUGAAGGAGGACAGCGUCAUUCAUUCCAUCAAAUACCACCGACUGAUCCUGGACGAAGCGCACAGUAUCAAGCAACGGACAACGAGUGUUGCCCGCGCCUGUUUCGCAUUAAAAGCCAAGUUCAAGUGGUGUCUCUCUGGCACACCGGUUCAGAAUAGGAUUGGCGAAUUCUUCUCACUGCUUCGUUUCUUGGAAGUCCGACCUUUCGCCUGCUAUUUCUGUAAGCAAUGCAAGUGUCAACAACUUCAUUGGUCACAGGAUGCAGAAAAACGGUGUACUACAUGUAAACAUAGUGGCUUCAGUCACGUGUCCGUUUUUAAUCAGGAGAUUCUCAAUCCCAUAACCGAAAGAGACAAUGCUCAUGCUAGAAAGGAAGCUUUGGCAAAAUUGCGCCUCUUGACAGAUAGGAUCAUGUUGCGACGAAUCAAGCGAGAUCAUACAGCUUCUAUGGAGCUUCCACCCAAACGUGUUGUCAUCCGUAAUGAAUUCUUUGGAGAAAUCGAACGUGAUUUCUCUAGGAGUAUCAUGACAAACUCUACUCGUCAAUUUGAUACCUACGUGAGCCGCGGUGUCAUGCUGAACAAUUACGCCAAUAUUUUCGGACUUAUCAUGCAGAUGCGACAAGUGGCGAACCAUCCUGAUCUCAUUCUGAAAAAACAUGCUCAGAGCGGACAGAAUGUUCUUGUCUGUAGUAUAUGUGAUGAACCUGCAGAGGAAGCUAUCAGAUCUCGCUGCCAUCAUGAAUUUUGCCGCAGAUGUGUCAAAGACUAUGUUCAAUCCUCUGGAAUCAAGUCUGUGGUCGACUGCCCUCGUUGUCACAUUCCCUUGUCGAUCGACUUCGAGCAGCCCGAUAUCGAACAGGAAGAGGAGCACGUCAAGAAGAACUCUAUCAUCAAUCGCAUCCGAAUGGAGGACUGGACGUCAUCGACUAAGAUUGAAAUGCUGGUUUAUGAGUUGUACAAGCUUCGAAGCAGAAAACAGACACAUAAAUCAAUCGUCUUUUCGCAAUUCACCUCCAUGCUACAGCUUGUCGAGUGGCGCCUACGCCGAGCCGGAUUUAAUACAGUCAUGCUCGACGGCACAAUGACACCAGCGCAACGGCAAAAGUCGAUUGAAUACUUCAUGAACAACGUGGAUGUCGAGGUGUUUCUUGUCUCACUCAAAGCAGGUGGUGUAGCAUUGAAUUUGACCGAGGCGUCGAGAGUCUUUAUCAUUGACCCAUGGUGGAACCCCGCCGCUGAAUGGCAGAGUGCGGAUCGCUGCCACCGCAUCGGGCAGCGCCGACCCUGCGUCAUCACUCGACUCUGCAUAGAGGAUUCAGUAGAAUCUCGCAUUGUCCUACUACAGGAGAAGAAGGCCAAUCUCAUCAAUGGCACCCUUAACAAGGAUCAGGGGGAGGCCCUUGAAAAACUCACUCCAGAAGAUAUGCAAUUUUUAUUCCGAGGAUCCUGA